CUAAUGUAAGCAGGAAGUUUGGUGGUGGUGGUGAUACUCUAGUUGCAAUGACAAAGAAGAAAACACCACAGAUUCUCAAGACAGAUACGGCACUAAAACUUGCUGAGAAGUGGGUUGCCAACAUGUCGAUGCCUGCAGAGGAUGAUCCUAUUGAGGCUCAACAAGAAGCUCGACCACCCAGGCUUGGACUUGGUGCUAAAGUGUCACGUCAAACGAAGCGUAGACCCUCGGACGACCCUCUUGACCAAAAACUACAAGCCAAGUUUGAUGCAGGGAGAAGAAAACAGGCAAGAGCUGAGGCCGAGUCUAACAUUUGUUUUGCUCCUCUAGAGAUCUCAAAUUGA